UCUCAGGAAGGAUUUGCCCUAAAUAUAGACAAGCAAAGAAAUCCCCUGGGUAACAGAGUUCCUUUGUGGUGGUAACAGUACUAUUCUUGUGGGUUGUUUGGCUUGUUCUCCUACAAUAUAUUCUAGUUAAAAAAAAAAAAAAAAUAGCAUAUUCUCACCCCAAAACCUCAAAACCCCUACUUCCUCAAUGUGUUGCUUAGAUGCAUAAUCUCAGAAAGUACCAGAGUGCUGCUCUUCUAUUAUUUGCUAUAAGUUUGUGAGCUCUUCAGAGUGGGUACAUAAGGCUCAAGUCGCUACUUAGUUGAGUUGCACUGGAGAAAAGGAACCCAGCGCUGCAUGGAUGUGUUUCUCUUUGUUCACUCAUUCUAAGAGAUGUAAUUGGGAGGACUCGAAAUCUGGAAGUUGACAGCACUUCCCAGAACCAAAUUUAGGCACACAGAAAAUGCAAUUGUCCAGCAUUCCACCGCAUCUGCACCAGCGUGAUGAGCAGCUGAGUCACAUACAGGUACUGCAUAGCCAUCCAGCCACAGCCAUAUAUGGGCUUGUGCUCCCAUUGCUUCUCCCAGGAAAUGUCUGUAGGCAUGUGGAGAUACAGCCCCCUCAGAGCAUCAUCUGACCUUAAUCCCCAUCCUUAAAGUGGUGAAGGAUCAACAAAUGCAACUUUGGUGGAAUUGAUUCCAGCCUUCUUCCUUUCCAGCCUAAUCUCUGGGCUCACCUCAGCACCUUUCCUUCUCUUCUCCUGCAUUGUGAAGAGCCAGAAUGGGAACAGAGCUCCUGCUUUGGACCUAUCUGCUGCAGGGAUGGGGUGGGAGACUGCUUAACAAUCUGGGAACUAUGCUAUUGGAAGAGGGAGACAAAGGAUCUCUCUCAAGGAGAAAGGAGAGAGAGAGAGGCAGAUGCACAGAAAUUGUCUUCCUUCAAUUUUCAAAACUCCAUUAGAUUCUCUCUGGCAUUUGCUAUGGCUCUAAUUUUAUUGCCCCAGGCACUUUCCCCUUUCCAUUCACCUUAGAAAAUCACCCUAGGUCCUCAAGCACCAGGGACAGCAUGCUUGGCCCAUGGAAGGAUAUGCUUUUUAUUGAGUUAUGCUUUGUACCACUAAGAAUUAUUUACAACCAGAGAUAAAUAUCCGUAAGAGGAAAUGUUUUUACAUAUUCAUUGGGUUCCAAAGUAUUAGCGGAUUCUAUACAAUAACAAAAAAAAAAUUUAACAGCCAACUACUUGUAAAAAUUGCAUGAAAUGUGAGUUUUAAAAUUGCCAAGACUCUUGAUUUUGUAACAGUCAGGAGGGAAGUGACGAGCAUCACAUCUUGCAACACUUCCGAUAAUAUGAGUGUUCCCUAAAAUGUAAGAGACAAGGAGGCAGCCCUAUUUGUAGCUGUAUAACCAUUGCAAUUGCGAGUCUUUCCAUCUUCUCUGAGUCUCAAGACUAUGAUACAAAGAUAAAUGAGACAAAGAAGUUUUGAAAUACAAGGAAGAAAAGAUGCUUGCUUGUCUUGGACUCAUCUUCAUGACACAGUGGAUGCUGCUGGUUGCCCAGAUGUAUGAUGAUUGGCAGUGCACAAACUGGGAGAUGUCAGAUUCACCCAUCCAAAAUUUGAUGCUGAAUUGGUGGAAAACAGAACUGAGUUGGAUCAGCACCAUGAAUUUCACUAAGUACAAAUGUUCUAUGACAGUAUAUAAUAAUAAUGUCAAAAUACAGGAAAAGAACACAAACUGCAUCUUUGGAAGAAAUCUAGCACUUCCUCUGCACAACGGGGCAAACUUUUCAGUUACAGCAGAGAGCAUUAACAGUACAUACUCAGUCACAUGCAAGUAUAUUCCUCAAGGCAUCAAUGGGUCAGCCAUUGAGAACUUCUCCUGUGUGAUUUAUGACGUUUCCCUCAUGAACUGCACUUGGCAGGCAGGCAGGAAUGCUCCAGGAGAUACCCAAUAUUUUCUCUACUGGCGGAACUCGAUAGAUGAUGACGUAAUGGAAUGUGAGCUUUACAUUAAAGACGAAAAUGGUAGACAUGUGGGAUGUAGAUUCAAAAACGUGAAGAUAGAGAAAUCUUAUUUUUUGGUGAAUGGGUCUAGCAAAAACUCCCUGGUCCAGUUCUAUGACGCAAAUAUUGACCUAUAUACGAUUGAAAAACUCACACCUCCAUCAAAUGUCACUGUCAGUUGUGAUGAAAUUUCACAUUCUUGCACUAUUCAAUGGCAACAACCCCAAAUAAAUCACUCUAACAAAGACAGGUGUUUUAAAUAUGAAGUUGAAAUAACAUCCAAGGGUAACUCUGCAGAGUGGACCAAACGAAAUUAUACAAAAGAAAUUGUUACAAGCCACAUAGUUCAAAAUCCCAACAUGAGACAGAAGAACCUGGUGAAAAUAAGAGCAGCUGGCCGUAUGUGUAACGUAAACAACGACUGGGGGGAGUGGAGUGCAGCUGUUGAGUUUGGAAAUGAAGAAAUUUCUUCUUCAGUAUGGAUUUUACCUGUAGUGGCAGUUGCAACACUCUCAAUAGCUAUCUUUACAAUUUUCUUCUGCAAAAGGACUGGUUAUUGGAAAGCAGCAUUUCCACGAGUUCCAAAGCCAAAAAAUCCAUUUCAUGGACAGCCUGAUAUAAAUCCACAGAUGAUGGAGUGCAAAAUGCAGUCAGUGACAUCUGAAACUGAACAAAUUACAGUAGUUGCUGAAGUAGUAAAAUAGUAAAAACAAAUGAGGAACCUGAAAGUGUACUUUUAAUUCAGGCAAUUCAGCUCUGCAGAAAGUCAGGGACUAAAAUGCAUAAGUAGUGCAGCCAAGAGAUAAGAUGAUUUAUGUGUAAGUUUUUGAAAUGCCUGUGUAUUUUCUUUUAAUUUCAUCUUACUUUAGCUGUCUGGGUAAUUGUCCUUAUUGGGUAUCUUCUAUUCUGUGAGUAUGAUUUAAAUAUUUCAAGAAGUUUCAGGUACAUUUCAAUUUGUUAAAGAAAAAAAAUAUAUAUAUUUUUAUCAUAUUAAAAAUAGUAAGAGCCAGUAUACUGAGAAGGCAGGCCAGCUAUUUAGAGGGAUCUUGACACACUGAAGAAAUGGGUUGAUGGAAACCUCAUGAAGUUCAACAGGUGCAAAUGCAAAUACCUGUACCUGGGGCAAACUAAAUCCAUGUAUCCUAGUGAGUGGGUGACAGACAGGCUUGUAGACAGAGCUUUUUGGUCCUGAUGGACAGGGUAGACAAAAAUCACCAAUGCGUCCUUAUGUGUGGUCAGGUGACAGGAGAGCACAGACAAAGAUCCCCCCUUCAGUUAAAGCCUAAUUCCAUACAAAUCUCAUUCUGGAGUUAUAUCAGAAUAGUCUUGUCAUCUGACUCCCCAGUUUGGAUGGUUGGAAAGUAAGCCAUCCACCUGUUCCUACCUGAGGAUGUUACGCUGGAAGCUCACCAUGACUUCUAAGUUGAUGUUAAUAUUCAAACCAAAAAUAUUCAAUCAUUUCACCCCUUAACAGAAUUAGCCUUUGAGUACUUUCAUUCACAAUAAAAAGAACUUUAUCCUCUGA